GCUAUGAGAGUAUUUUGUAAUAUAACGAUUGGUGGUUGGAUUCUAUUUUUAAUUAUUUAAAGAUAAAAUCUAAUUAUCUAUGAACAAAUUAUGUAAUUUACAAAUAUAGUCUAAAAAAUAAUAUCUCUAACCUCAUUCUUUUUAUUUUAAUUUUUUUCUAUUAAGUUCCCUUAAGAAUUAGUUUGUAUUAUUAAUAUCAAAUUCGAAACACUGAAUGCUCCCUAGGAAAAGGGUUGCUUUUGCAGUUAAGACGUACUCAGUUUUGGUGCUUGUUCAAGGUACUGUGUGUGCAUUGUAAUUGGAAACACUGAAUGCUUCCUAGAAAAAGGGUUGCUUUUGCACUUAGACAUUUACUCAGUUUUGAUGUCUGUUCAAGGUACUGUGUUUGCAUUGUUUAAUUUGCAAGUUAAAAAUGGAUUCUGCCUGAAAGUUUCUGACUUUAAUUAAAAACUUAAGACUUACAAGGUAGUUUAGAGUGUUUUCAAUAUUCCUUUGAUGGGUUUUUUGAAAAAGGCUUGUUACAGUUGAGAAUUUGGUUUUAUUCUUUUUUAUGAGUGUGUAUUAAUUCAAAGUUCCAUAGAAGUGAGGCUCUGCAAAUUUGGAUUCCCUUUUAUUUUCCAUUAAAUUGAUUGUGAGAAUUUUAGGUGGGUGUUGAAGUUGGAGGUUUCCUGCGGAGCUGCCAAAUUGCACUUUUUGGGUUUUCUGGAUUUGGGUUUUGCUGCUUUAAUGACACUUCAGAGGCAUUAGCAGUUUGGGGUCGAAAAGUUGAGAUUUUGUAGAUUUGAGGAGUAAUGGUAGUUGGGUUUUCUCUUUUAAUUCGAAAGAUUACUGCUUUUUUACUAGUUUAGGUGUUUCUUUAAGUUUAGAUCUUUGGUUGUGUCACUGGGAUUUGCUGAGUUGGGGACUUGGGAGAGGGAGAAUUCUGCUUGUUUGCCACAAAAUGGGCCAUUCAGCAGGAGAAUGGGAACAUAGGGCAGCAAUUGAGAUUACAAAAGAUUGGAAUGGGGUAGAACAAGUUGUGCUUCAGAACCAGCAAGGGGCUUCGGCACGGGUUAGCUUACUUGGAGGACAGGUCACUUCAUGGAGGAAUAAGCACGGCGAAGAACUCCUGUUCACUAGCAGCAAGGCAAUCUUCAAGCCCCCAAAAGCGAUGCGAGGAGGAAUUCCCAUUUGUUUCCCACAGUUUGGGAACUGUGGAUCGCUGGAAAAGCAUGGUUUUGCUAGGAAUAAGGUGUGGGCAAUUGAUGAGAAUCCUGAAAUGCGUCAACCAAAUGAUUCCAAUGGAAAAUCCUUUAUUGAUCUACUACUAAAACCGUCUGAAGACGACCUGAAGUGUUGGCCUCAUAGUUUUGAGUUUCGACUUAGGGUGUCUCUUGCAACAAAUGGAGAUCUGAUCCUGACAUCACGAGUUAGAAAUGUCAACGGCAAGCCGUUUGAUUUCUCCUUUGCCUACCACACUUAUUUUUUGGUUUCUGAUAUAAGUGAGGUGAGGAUAGAAGGGCUGGAGACACUUGACUACUUAGACAACCUUUGUGAACGACAACGUUUUACAGAACAAGGAGAUGCCAUAACUUUUGAGUCUGAGGUCAGUCGACUAUAUCUAAGUUCGCCCAAUGUAGUUGCAGUCCUUGAUCAUGAGAAAAAGCGAACAUAUGUAAUCCGAAAGGAAGGACUACCAGAUGUUGUUGUUUGGAAUCCGUGGGAGAAGAAAUCGAAAUCUAUGGUUGAUUUUGGUGAUGAGGAGUACAAGCAGAUGCUCUGUGUGGAUGGAGCAGCGAUAGAGAAACCUAUCACAUUGAAGCCAGGCAAGGAAUGGACAGGGCGACUGCAGCUCUCGGUUGUGCCUUCGAGUUUCUGCAGCGAGCACCUUGAUCUUUAGAAGCGAGGUUUUUGAAGACCAGUACAGAGUUUAAAGGGUAAGGUGCUUUAAGAUUAUGUUGUACUAGGCUGCUAGCGGAUUAUCGUAGAAGGGGUCUGUCCUGUAACCCGUUGUAGUUUGUUAGAGUUGGAUUCUUCGAACUAGGAUCCUAAAACGAAGCACCGAGACCUUGUAAUUUCAUCCGUGGUUUUCGUUACGCUUGUAGCCGAAAGCAUAACUUGUUAGGUUAUGUUACAUAUGUUGAUGA